AUGUCACUGUGCUUCUCCUCCAUUGUAUUCAGUCUUCAUUCAGCAAAGAACCAAAGCUUCUUAACACGUUUCUCUUCUCAGUUCACCAACCAAGCUAAGGUAAGCUCUGUUCCUUAUGGUUCCCCAUCUUCUCCUUUAAACUUAUCUGAAAUUUUCAAGUUUAGCAAAGAAAGAACAAAACCCAUUUCAGCUUCAGCGACGCCAACUGCUGAAACCGCCUCUCCACCUUCAUUCAGAGGCAAAAACCCAAAAGAUAUCAACAUUUUGGUGGUGGGUGCAACUGGGUAUAUUGGAAAAUUUGUGGUUAAUGAGUUAGUUAAUAGAGAGUUCAAUGUUAUAGCCGUUGCUAGGGAGAAGAGUGGAAUUAGAGGUAAGGUUAGCAAGGAUGAGACUUUGAAUCAGUUGAAAGGAGCCAUUGUGUGCUUUUCAGAUGUUACCCAUUUGGAUACUUUGGAGAAAUCUUUGGAAAACUUGGGGGUUUCAAUUGAUGUUGUUGUUUCAUGCCUUGCUAGCCGUUCUGGUGGUGUAAAGGACUCUUGGAAGAUAGACUAUGAGGCAACAAAGAAUAGUCUUGUUGCCGGUAGGAGACGUGGGGCUUCACAUUUUGUAUUGCUUUCUGCAAUUUGUGUGCAGAAGCCCCUUCUUGAGUUCCAGCGUGCAAAGCUGAAAUUCGAGUCUGAGUUGAUCAGAGAAGCUGAAGAGGACAAUCGGUUCACUUAUAGUAUUGUGAGGCCAACUGCAUUCUUUAAGAGCUUGGGUGGCCAGGUUGAGUUGGUGAAAGAUGGAAAGCCUUAUGUGAUGUUCGGGGAUGGAAAGUUGUGUGCUUGCAAGCCAAUUAGCGAGGCAGAUUUGGCUUCGUUUAUUUCGGAUUGUGUGUUGAGUGAAAACAAAAUUAACCAGGUUUUGCCUAUUGGCGGACCCGGGAAGGCCUUGACACCAUUGGAGCAGGGGGAGUUGCUGUUUAGACUUGUGGGGAGGGAACCCAAGUUCUUGAAAGUGCCCAUCGAAAUAAUGGACUUCGCUAUCGGGGUUCUUGAUUUCCUCGUAAAGAUCUUUCCUUCAAUGGAAGAUACUGCUGAAUUUGGGAAGAUUGGGAGGUAUUAUGCAGCUGAGAGUAUGUUGGUUUUGGAUCCUGAGACUGGAGAAUAUAAUGCUGAGAAAACACCAAGCUAUGGUAAAGACACAUUGGAAGAAUUCUUUGAGACUGUGCUGAGGGAGGGGAUGGCUGGACAGGAAUUAGGGGAACAGACAAUUUUCUAA